UGGAUGGAGAACAGGACAGAAGUGACACACUUCCUCCUGAUAGGACUCACCAAUGACCCAAGCCUUCAGUUUCCCCUUUUCAUUACCUUCCUCAUCAUCUACACCAUCACCCUAGUGGGGAACCUGGGGAUGAUCCUUCUGAUUGUCCUGGACUCUAAGCUCCACACACCCAUGUACUUUUUCUUAGGUAACCUGUCUCUCGUGGACUUUUGUUAUUCUUCAGCUGUUACUCCAACAGUGAUGGCCGGCCUUCUUAUAGGAAACAAGGUCAUGUCUUAUAAUGACUGUGCAACACAAAUGUUCUGUUUCACUGCCUUUGCCAGUGUGGAAAAUUACCUGUUAGCCUCAAUGGCAUAUGAUCGCUAUGCAGCAGUUUGCAAGCCUCUACAUUAUGCCACAACCAUGACUACAGGUGUGUGUGCAUGGCUGGUCAUAGGCUGCUAUGUCCUGGGUUUCCUAAAUGCUUCCAUUUACACAGGAGAUGCAUUCAGUCUUUCCUUCUGUGAGUCCAAUGUAGUCCAUCAUUUCUUUUGUGAUAUUCCAGCAGUCAUGGUUCUGUCUUGCUCUGAUAGGCAUAUCAAUGAGCUGCUUCUUGUUUAUACAGUGAGUUUCAACAUCUUUUUUGCUAUCAUAGUCAUCUGGAUUUCUUACAUACUCAUUUUCAUUACCAUCCUAAGGAUGCACACAGCUGCAGGACAUCGCAAGGCGAUUUCUACCUGUGCUUCUCACUUUACUGCAGUCUCCAUUUUCUAUGGAACUGUCAUCUUCAUGUACUUACAGCCCAGCUCCAAUCACUCCAUGGACACUGACAAAAUUGCAUCUGUGUUCUACACCAUGGUCAUCCCCAUGCUGAAUCCUGUAGUCUACAGCCUGAGGAACAAGGAGGUCAAGAGUGCAUUAUUAAAGCUAAAAAGCACAUUCACUUUUUGA